AAGCAGGAGAAAUGGAAAUCAGUGAUGAUGAAAAUGAAGAAAUGAAUGAAAAAGAAAAAUCAAAGGCACAAACAACCAAUGAUAAAAAAGAGAGGAAAGAAAUGGAGAAAACAAUAAAUUAUAUCUAUGAAACAGUUAAAACUCUGUUAGAAGAAAAUAAAAAACAUUGGCAAGAUUAA